AUGGGCGAAAAUAACGGGGAACACGAGGAUGGCAAAGGCCCCGGCAACUCCUGUCUACAAUCACCUUCUCCAAUCACCAAUCACCACACAACUCCAAUAGAAUCUGCCAAACUACAGCUCAUUACCAUCCUUCCAACAAAAGCUUUCGACUUUUUCUUUCAUUUGUUGAACAACAAUCCAUUCCUAAUGACCCUUCUAGAGCUCAAUGACAGAAUAUGUUACAAGGUAAACAAACAUUCAUUGGAGAAGUAG